CUGCGUGCGUUUCGAUUUUUCGGCAGACAUGGUGGAAAGCCAUGGCAGCCAUGGCAUCUUUUUUGUGGAUGUUUUUUCUCUGGCAGUCAGGACUUGGAACCCUGGUUGCUGGCAAAAGCACGAAGCGGCGGGGUGAUGAAGGGCGCAGUGGCCAGAGGUGUCCCAUUUGUCAGAAGUUGGCCGUGGAAGCUGGGGACAUUUGGAGGCAAGCGAAGACCACGAAGCCUGGGAGUCCGUACCACUACAUUGGUGCCGGGUCGCAGGGCCAAGCUCCCGAAAAGAAGGUGUUGGAAGUCUUGGCGCGGAAGGUUUGCAACAGGAAUGCGCUGACACAGCUUCCGAAUCCGAAGGGAUACACUCUGCAUCAUCCAACCUUGCAAUUCGAGUGUGACGAUGUUCUCGAGACCUUUGGCGAGAGCCUGGUUGAUGCCCUCACGUUGGGUGAGGACCUGGCGACGUUCUGCUGGGAGGUGGACAUUUGUGGCUCCAGCGACGUGAAGUUCUUCGACUUCGAACCCGAGGAUGACGACGAUCCUGAGGAGGAAGAGGUGAAGGUCGCCAAGAAGGAGCUUUAGUUCGGUCUCUGCGAGUCCGCCAACACGAAGCUACGUGGCAGCCACGUGGCCAGAGUACAUUUCGCCGCGCAGCGAACACGAAGCCAAAGCGCUUUGAAAAGACUUGGGCGUGCUCCCCGGAUAUGCCGCCAGCUGGGAGAAA